AUGGCCAAUGGUACUGGCGGUGGUGUCACCUCCCUUGUCCAACAACAACAACAGCAGCAGCCAAUAGCCCGAAAGCGAACGGCUUAUCAGGCGGCUCUGCUGAUCAACGGUGGCCAGGCUGGCACUACCACCACCACCGGCCCCGGCAACCCCAACAACCACAUCGGCCUCCUCUCCGAGUCCUCCCCCGAGGUGUCCUCCAGUCAGAACUGCAUCAGCAGUGGCAUUAGCCCCGUGCCCAGCCUAGAGUCCUCUGAGAUUGAUCUCGAACUGUGGGACCUCGACAUUCACGAAUCAUCGACGUCGCAGUCUUCAGGCAAGGAAGACAUGAGCCCCUCGAACAGCGUCAACGGCUACGCAGUGGACAGUCUAGGCGGUGAUCCGAAAAAGAAGAAGGGUCCCGCCCCCAGACAGCAGGAGGAGCUGUGUCUCGUUUGCGGAGACCGUGCCUCUGGGUACCACUACAACGCCCUCACAUGCGAAGGGUGCAAAGGCUUCUUCCGGCGCAGCAUCACGAAGAACGCCGUCUACCAGUGCAAAUACGGCAACAACUGUGAGAUUGACAUGUACAUGAGGCGCAAGUGCCAGGAGUGCCGCCUGAAGAAGUGCCUCAGCGUGGGCAUGCGACCGGAGUGCGUCGUCCCCGAGUACCAGUGCGCCAUCAAGCGAGAGGCGAAGCGGGCCAUCAAGGACAAGGACAAGCCCAACUCCACCACCAAGGACCAUGGAGGCAUGAAUGGCGGCGUUGGAGGCAUUCAGUCGCCGCUCACGCCACAGGCGAACAUGCUGCUCGAGGAGAAGCCACUGACGCCGAUGACCGCCGUGGGCAGUCCGGCGGUGCACCAGGAGGAUGUUAUCAAGAAGCUAGUCUACUACCAGGAUGAGUUUGAGUCGCCCUCUGAGGAUGAUAUCAAAAAGAUUGCGCCUUUCCCGAUGGGCGAAAAUGAAGACGACAGUCAGAAGAGGUUUCAACACGUCACCGAGAUGACCAUUCUCACCGUGCAGCUGAUCGUAGAGUUCUCCAAGCGAGUGCCCUUCUUUGACCGCCUAUUCAGGGAAGACCAAAUUACCCUGCUCAAGGCGUGCUCAAGUGAGGUGAUGAUGUUGCGUUGUUCCCGCAAAUACGACAUUCGCACUGACUCGAUCGUCUACGCGAACAAUCAGCCGUACACCCGAGACAACUACAGCAGCGCCAGUAUCUCCUACGUGGCCGACUCUCUGUUCAACUUCUGUCGGCGGAUGUGCAUGCUGAAGGUGGACAAUGCCGAGUACGCACUUCUCACCGCAAUCGUCAUUUUCAGUGACCGACCAGCCCUCUGUGAGCCCCGAAAAGUGGAAGACAUUCAGGAGCACUACAUUGAGACGCUACGGUGUUACGUAGACAGCCACCGCCCACCAAACAAGUGCCACUUUGCGAAGUUGCUGGGCAUUCUCACUGAGCUGCGCACGCUGGGCAACAUCAACUCGGAGAUGUGCGUCUCCCUCAAAGUACAAAACAAAAAGUUGCCACCCUUCCUGGCCGAGAUCUGGGACAUUCAGGACGCAUAG